UGUUCGGGGACCAGCCUGUCAGAGUUUUCAGUCUUGGCUACUGUAUGUGCGAGAAAAGGCGUCGCAGUAUACGCCUCCUACCUGUUGAAUAUUUCGAAUAUUAACUGGCAACACAGAGUUGAGUCACUGUCUAGGAACAAAGUCAAACCUGGAGAAGGGAGCUAAGGUAGGCGGAAGGAAGGAUCGCAACAGGUUGCCACUUCAAUGUUCUAGUUGGACGGACUCGUCUACGUGCUUUUCGGAUUUAAAAUGCCUUUGGGACUAAGAAAAAAGAAAAACAAGACGAAGGAAAGCUCCAAUUUGGUCGAAAAUGAGGAACUUGCAGCGAAAUCCUCCGUCAACGGUGCAGGACUCCCACCUCCACCUGCCAACCUGCGACCGAAACUAGUGUUCCAUACGCAAUUAGCCAACGGCAGCCCAACGGGCAGAAUUGAAGGAUUUACUAACGUAAAAGAACUGUACGGGAAAAUUGCCGACACUUUUAAUUUGAGUCCCCCAGAGAUCCUGUUCUGUACCUUGAACACCCACAAGAUUGACAUGGAGAAGUUGCUGGGGGGCCAGAUCGGCCUGGAGGACUUCAUCUUCGCCCACAUCAGGGGGAUCAAGAAGGAAGUGGUGGUGCACAAGUCCGAGGAGGCUCUGGGCCUCACCAUCACAGACAAUGGAGCUGGCUAUGCCUUCAUAAAGCGCAUCAAAGAGGGCAGUGUGGUGGAUGGAGUGAAGUUGAUUUGUGUGGGUGACCACAUAGAGUGCAUCAACGGGCAGAACAUUGUGGGCACACGACACUAUGAGGUGGCCCGCAUGCUGAAGGAUUUGCCCAAAGACAAGGUCUUCACUCUGAAACUAGUGGAACCUAUGAAGGCCUUUGAAAUGCUUGAGCCAAGGUCAAAGGGCACCAAACCUGCCAGCGAGAACAAGAUUGGCACAGGGAGGGGAACUCUGAGACUGCGCUCCAAAGGGCCGGCGACAGUGGAGGAGGUGCCAACAGAGUUUGAAGAGAAAGCGGUAAAGAAGGUGGAUGACCUCCUGGAGAGCUACAUGGGGAUCAGAGACACUGAGCUGGCUGCCACUAUGGUGGAGGUGGGGCGGGACAAGAAGAACCCAGAUGAGUUCGCCAUGGCCCUGGACGAGGCCCUUGGAGACUUUGCCUUCCCGGACGAGUUUGUUUUCGACGUCUGGGGGGCAAUCGGAGAUGCCAAGCAGGGACGCUUUUAGUCUUUCACUUCCCCAUACUUCCCUCAAUCAUCCUCGUUUAGUCACAGGACAUCAUGUCACCAAGUACAAAGUCGUGUGUAGCGUGGUUUGGGGGGGGGGGGGUCUUGUAAUGCCUGGGUAGUUGCACUGGGGACAAAUUUUGUAUUUGAGUGACUUAAUGAAGGGUUCAAUAUUUGGCUCACAUAAGGGCUGGCUACAAAAUGCUUAUUGGUCUGCAUUCCACGAUGCACAUUAUCAGACUGGAUUUGGUCUUGGUUGUAAAAGGGCAUUGAUUUAUGCAUUAUGUAGACUAUCUACGUACGGUCUUAGAGUUGUUUCUAUUUAUACUCUACUCAUGAACCAUACAAUCUAGUGAAAUGUGCAACAUUGGUUAUUAAGGGUACCCACCUCUAAAUCAGUUAAUUGUAAUCACACUACUUUAUAACAGUGAUAAAUAUAUUUAUAUAUAUGUGUACUGAUCACAUGUAUCAAACUUUUUUUAGGCUUUUAUGUCUCAUGUCAAAAUGUUGCUGCGUUUUGAAACUUGGCAUAUGUAAUUAGUGUAGUUGUGAUCAUAGCUAUAUUUUUAUGUUGACCGAGACCUCAAUUUUCCAACCUCUCUCCUCCACAGGGUGUCAUUGUAGGACAUCUUACCAUCAACCUCACCUGGGAAAAACUCCUAGUCAUAUCUUUGUAUGAUACAACCGCAUGGUUGAAUGAAGGUUUAUCAUUGUCAGUUAUUUCACAAAUUGUUUUAAUUUGACUGACACUGCAUUGUGUGACCUAAUCCUAUUGGGUUGUAUCAUUAUAGGUGUCACUCUGCCUUCUGUACACCAUGCAUCUUGUACUGCAGAUAAUAGUCUGUUCAGGGCAUGGCUACCCAUAAAGAAGUCAUGGCAGUGAGACAAAAAGAGUGAAAUAGCCUUAGAUCCUGUGCUCCCUUUCCAGUAAAGGUGGACUUUCAGUACUGGAUUAUCACACAGCAGGUUUUUAUCUUGACCAAGGAGACGUGAUGGCACAAUUUCAACUAACAUUCCUUAUCUUUUAGUUGCAUUUUUGUACAGAGUGCUAGAGCGUAAUUAAGAUAUCAAAUAUAUUUUAAUAGAAAUAGGUUUUUGUUUUUAAUUUAUUUGUUCAUUAAAAUUUGUCAUUUGUCGAAUAUAUUUUUUACAGCCUUAAGACCUUGCACACCAUUAAACUGAAAUCUAUCUCUGAA